AGACGAUAUAUUGCGAAAGAAGAAGAACCUGUUUACAUUACAUUAACCCUUCGUUCAGCAGACCCAUAUUUUAGUAGCGAUGAUCGCGUUACACAGCAGUUUGUCCGGUGUUCCUGUCCUCGUCCUCAUGAUGCUCUCCCUCCUGUUGUCGCGAGGUUUCUGCCAGGCGGUUACCGAAGUCAACCGACGGUCUUACCCGACCGUAGCUUCGUUUCUCCGGACUUACACGACCUGCAGUCCAACAUGCGAAGGAACAGACGACGACGCAUCAGUGGUGACCCCCCCGCAGUUGAAGGCCAUGCUGUCAAACCGGAACGUUCAGCUUUUUGACGUGAGGAACCCGGAUGAGUACCAGGACGGCCACAUUCCUCAAGCAGCCAACCUCCCACUGGACGUUGUGGAGGAGUCUCUGAAGCUGCCUCCUGAGAGCUUUCAGCAGAAGUUCAAGGUGAAGGCUCCUGGAAAGGACGACGAUAACAUAGUGUUUCACUGCAGAAGCGGCGUCAGGAGUGGUCAAGCGCUAACCAUUGCCCGUCAGCUGGGAUUUCACAGGGCAAGACACCUGAAAGGAGGGUACGUUGCCUGGGUCGAGCAAGAAGGAAACUGAAUCCACUCUAAAAAAACGACUUCAUAUCAGAAUACCUUUUUAACUAAUGUAAAGAAUGUAAACAUUGUUCACUUUGGCAGUUUGCUGUACUUUGCUUGUUUAUGACUAAGUUAACAUUUGCACACUUCUUUUAAAGUUACUGAUUUUAAGGAGAUUACAAGGUCACGUUGGAGUAAAUACCAUAAGUGUGCUUUUUAUGCUUAAUAAGGACCUAUGCUCAUUGUGAAAAUGUUUUGUGUUAAUAAAGUCUUGUUUUAAGUUAAAAA